AUGGAAUCAGAUUUGGAUUUGAGCGUUGAAAGAAAUUAUAAUUUAAAAACUGGUGUUACUGAAGAGUUUUUUGAUUUGGAUAUCGACGAAUAUAGCGAUGCAUGGUUUAAUAAAGAUUUGAAUUUGAACACUUUGUUUGGAGGCAAAUUAAUUGAAGAAAAGGAUCACUCAAUUUGUACUUCAAUUGUUUCAUGA